AGACUAUUUCAUGGCGGCCCCCAUGCCGUUUUAAAAUGGCGGCAAAGUUAAACCCACGGAAUAUUUUGUGUUUGUUUGUUGCCUUUACUGUUGUAAUAAUCGUCGCUAAUGCAGCCAGAUUAAGUCAUCCAAAGAUUCUACUCCCUUACCAUAGUUCUGUUAUCACCAAUUUUACAUUGAACAUAAAUUUGUCACGAGAAGAAACAAGACUCCUUGAUACUUGCUAUACAUGGCAAUCAACACAGCAAGAAAUAGCUUCAAUACAGCUUGUUAACAGCACAGAUGGAGAAUGUGCCUUUUCUGCAGUCAUUUCUGCAGUUUCAAAAUCAGCACAUCGAAAAACGUCCAUGGUGCUGGCUGAAAAUAAAGUAACAGGAGAAAUUCUUCGCUGUAUUGUGAUUGUGGAGGCAAUUUCACGCUUUGAAAUAGAGACAACCACACGGUUAUUAUACCUGGAGGAUUCCCCAGAGGAAUUGAUUAUCAAAGGUUAUGAUGAUGAAGGAAAUGUGUUCUCCAGUUUGGCAGGGUUGGAGUUUGAAUGGAGUGUGUUGCCAGACACCAGUACAGAGGGCGAGGAAAUGGUGGACAUUCUCAGGAUUACAAAGUUUACAGAGUCCCAUUACUUCAUGCCCUAUUACAUCCAGCAAUUGGAAGCCAAGGGUCUGCAGGGGGACUUCAUCCUCGUCGAGGGAAUGCGGACAGGAAGUGCCCUAGUGAAAGCGAAAAUCAGGGACAGGGCAUACAAGGAGGUAAUAUCACCUUCUGUGAAGAUAAUUGUGAUAGCCAAUUUGAUUAUCAGUCCAGCAGAGGCAUACAUACUGAAGUAUGCUACCAUCAAAUAUGCUGUGAAGCAGAUCAAACAGAGCUCUAUGCUGGAGAUUUCCUUGCCCUCCUCCCAGUUUGUGCUGGAGGUGGAAGAUACCAAUGUGUGUCUGUUAGACGCCAAAACUUCUAUAGCAGCAGGACAGCAGCUCGGCUCCACAGAGAUUGUUCUCACAGACAGAAAUCUAAAGCAGGAUGCUCUUGUGAAGCCUAGUGCCAUGCUGUAUGUGGUGGCCCCCAGUUACCUGGGCUUUGUGGUCCUCCCGGACAAAAAAUGGGUGCUGGGCACGGAGAAGGUCUACACCAUUCUGAUAGAGCUGUACGAUAAAAACAGUCACAAGAUUUACCCCUCCGAUAAUGUCAUGCUGAAGGCAAUGUUUCCAGAGGAAUACUUUGAUGUAAGAUUCUCCACUAAAAAUGGCACCUAUCAUCACGUCUACACAAAGAAACCAGGAAAAACCGUCAUUGAGGGUGUCCUUACUUCUAUAAUCCAGGAGGAUGGUACAGAGAUUGAGGUGUCCCCGACAGUGAAGGGUUCUCGGUCUGUAGAGAUUCACGAUCCAAUCAGGGUCAUGCCGGAGCUUCUUUACUUCCCCUGGGACCCAAACACUCGCAGCAGCCACCAGUACAAACUACGGGUGAAGGGAGGCAGUGGGGAGUAUGUGUGGAGCUCGUCCAAAGUAGAGACUACAACUGUCAACAACAAAGGGGAGAUAACUACUGGUAACGGGGGAGAGGCCCAGAUCAUCGCAUCGGAUGCCAAGAACAGAGCUCACACUGGCUCGGCCAAGGUAUAUGUACUACCCCCAGAGGAUAUGAAGUUCGUCCCCAGACAGGUGGAGGCUGAGGUGGGCACAGAGCUGGAGAUGCCACUGGCAGUCUACGGACGAGUUCAAGGAAAAUUGGUCCCAUUCAAUGAUUGUCACAGAAUGAAGGUCAAUUUCACUUUCUCUGAUCCAACAGCAUUCCAGUUUAACAGAGUCUCCUUGAUGAUCCCAGAAGAUGGCUGUUGUUCUGUGAGAUUUACAGCAGUUCAGAGAGGUCACACGACAGUGACGGCUAGUUAUACCUCAAGAGGGAAAGAGUUAUCUGCCUCUGUUACAAUAGCAGCGUAUGAUCCCCUAAUGCCCGUUGACCCGGAGAAGGAAGCCGUCCUUGCAGUGGGCUCCAGGAAGGAGCUGGUGUUUAGAGGCGGCCCCCAGCCCUGGGUCAUCGACUCCCUCAAGUACUUCCAGGAUUUGACUAGUACAAAUUCAGCCAUCACUGAAGUCAAGAAAAUGAAAUUUCUAGGAAAUAAUCGGGGUUUUCAUCACUUUUACAUGACUUGUCUUGACUUUGGGGAGCAGAUUUUGACUUUGAGGGUGGGAAACAACAAGACAACAACCAAUCAGUUCCCAGCCGUGUCUGAGGCCUCAGUCAGAAUGAGUUGUUCUGAGCCAGUGGGGCUACAGUUGAACCCAGACCUGAGGUACCCAGAGAACCUGCCCCCCUGCCCUGUCUCAAAGGAACAGGCUGUUGCUAUCCCUGUCCACUGCCAGAGGAACUUAGACAUCCUUGUGACAGUCACCGACUCGCUGGGGAGGAAGUUUGACAACUUCUCCUCACUGGAUUUCCAGUGGAUGGUGUCGGACAGGUCGCUGGCCACCCUGGAGGACACAGAGGACGGCUCUAUCCAGAUCUCCACCACCUCAACCAAAGAGGGAUUCAACCACGUCAAGUAUUACAGAGUCUUGCAACCCCGAGGUCAGCCUGGUGUUGUGAUAGUCACAGCAUCUAUCAGCUCCUAUAUAGAGAAACACCUCAAGAUGGCAGGAUCCCCUAUAUCAACUCGGAUUUACCCUAAGAUCAGCAAGUCCCUGGAGCUGAAGCUGGUUGAGGAAGCCAUUGUCUCACCAGACAUCAUAUCCUUGUUUAACCACCCCUCCAACACAUACAUGGUGAAUGUUCAGAAGGGAUCAGGAUUUUUCCAUGUGAUUCCAGACCAGGCAGGAGUUGUGUCCCUUGAAUACACAGAUAAAACCAAACAAAUGCAGGUGGUGCCUGUGUCUGAUGGCUCUAUGAAGGUCACAGUGUAUGACCUCUGUGUCUACAGUCGGCAUCCCCCCACCGCCACCAUAUUUGUGUCAGGGGUGGGAAGUGUGGAGCUCUCUGUCACAGAGAAGGUGGAGGUAGACAAGGAGGCGGCAGUGAGGGUGAGGGUGAUAGACGUCCAUGGGAAGCCGCUACAGGCCAGCUUCUUCCGACUGAUGGGACUCAGACUGAUUCCCGCCUCCAACAUCAUCACCAUCAGGAAAGACAAGGACCAAAAAGACGAGAUGUUCACAGAGUACUACAUUAUGCAUGGAGCACAAGUUGGUCACACUUCAUUGGUUGCAGAGGCUCAUCCCAGCGAUGGCGUAGUGAUCAGGAGUCAGGCGCGACCUGUAGAGGUUUUCCCUCCACUUCAAUUGAUUCCGAGAAACAUUACAAUGAUCAUUGGAGCCAAGUUUCAGGUAUUGAGUAAAGGAGGCUCCACCCCCCAGUGUACCGUCCUGUUCUCUAUCCGGGACAGCAACAUAGCAGAUGUCUCCAGCAGUGGUCUGUUAGAUGCCCAAAACCUGGGCACCACCACCGUCUUAGGGCAAGCUGUGGGCCAGGACCCAGAAACAGGGGAGACCAUCAUCUACUCACAGGAUGAAGUGACGGUGAAUGUGAUAGAGUUACCUGGAGUCCGGAUCCAUUCAGCCUUGUCUCGCAUGCAGACAGGAACAAAGAUGCCUAUUUAUGCUGUUGGUCUCACAGAACAUGAAACCCCCUUCACCUUUGGAAGUGCCAUGCCACCUCUGGUGUUUACUUGGUCCAUCAACAACAAAGAUAUUAUACAACUACAGAAUGUCUUCCAUGAGAGUAGCUUGAAACACCCAGCAGAAAGUGACUUUGCCCGUCAGCUGGUGGCCUUGUCUGCUGGUCAGGUCACAGUCAAACUCACUGUCCGACCUCACCUGACCUCCAGGUCACAGGUUAAAGGUCAAAGGACACUGACUGAUGAACUUCAGGUGGAGGUGUUUGAAAAAUUGGCAGUGGUCAGUCCAAAGGUCUGUGAUGGCAAGAUUCUGUUAACCCCAAACACUGAAGCUAUCAUCAAAACUAACAGAGAUGGCUCAGCCAAGAUGAGUUACCAGGUGAUCUCCCUUCUUGACCCGAGCCCAGUGACUGUGGGGGAGGGGGGACUGCUGACCUCGGGGACAGUGAGCGGACAGGUAGCCCUACAGGUGACAUCCCAGGAAGAGUUUGGAACCAAUCAGACUUUGGUCCUCCUGGUCAGGGUAAAACCUGUGUCUUACUUGAUGAUUAACUCGGAUGUCUCCCUUAGUACUAGUGAGGGUUAUAUCAAGAGUAUUCCAGUAGGAACGACCUUGACCCUGUCUGUGACCUAUCACGACAAUGUUGGAGAACAGUUCUACGCAACCAACGUCCAAAUGAGAUACAGAUUUAGCAGGUAUGACUUGGUGCACAUUAAGCAUGGAUCUGAGAAUGAUACCUUGGUUGUCAAAGCAGCUGAAGUGGGACAGACUAUUCUAAAGGUAUGGGACCAAAAAAAUCCCUGGUUGGCUGAUUACAUCAACAUCCCUGUGGACUAUGUCAUUAGCCCUUCAAAACCCACUCUGUCUUUGGGAACUGUCGUCUGCUUCAAGGCUCCUCUUGUUUCUGCCAGAGGAUACCCAGGAAUCUGGCAGAGCAAAAGUAAAGUGAUGGAUGUGGACAAGGAUUCUGGGAUAGCUACGUCAGCCUUUGUGGGUCAUAACCUGGUGGAGUACACCCUGACAAAGGACGUCACAACAUACACCGAGGUGACAGUGAGACCUGUGGAUCAGCUGACUGUGGACGACUCGUGGUCCUUCCUCACCAAUGUCAAGAAUCGCCUGACUGAAUAUUUCAUCAAGGUGUCGCUGAAUGACGACUCUGAGGUCAUAGGAGAUAAUUGUACAGGGGAGAUUCAGGCCAAGGAAUUCAUGCCAAACUUCAUACCCAUCACGUGUGAACUAGAGUUCUCUUCCUUUGUUAAUGGCUUAUCUAUCUCUGAUCUCUUCCAAGUAUCUGCCACAUUUAGCUCCAAGAAAGGGAAAUAUGGCUGUCUAGUUAAGAAGCUGCACCCCGAGAGCUUGGUACAACAAAUAAGUACGACGGCCGUAGACCUACAGUUGUCUGUGUUGGUCCCCGGUAUGGAAAACCAGCCUGCAGUGUUGGCACCAGUCAAGAAGUACCAGUACCUGCCCCCGUUUUAUGUCCACAAUUCGGAGGUGUCUCUGUCCACUGCUGCUCCUUUGUCCUCCAUCAGAGUGUCCACAAUUCCAGACCUCUCUUCCUGCAUACAGGCUUCAGUGAGUGAUGAAAGCAUUCUGGAAGUCUUGACCCCCGAGAAAGACAGUCAGUCUGGAAUCAUCUUGAUAUUUCCUAUAAGGCUUAUAGAGUCUGCUGCAUUAUGGGAUAGGGACAAUGUGGAAAGUCAUGUGGAACUCUCAUGCAGGAAGACAGGUCAAAAGGUCAGACUCCCAGUGACUAUCAGGCUUGUGGGGCAGAGGCCAGAACACCUGGCAUACAGAGGGCGGCCAGUUGGAUGGGGAGCCUUCUUCCUUAACAGUUUCAACAGCAAUCAAUCCUUCUUCUCUUAUCUCUUUCUCAUCAUCGCUACAGCUGUAGCAGUCCUAGUGGGUUACCACUACUUGAUUGGUCCACGAUACAGGGCAGCUGCCAGCAGUAACCCAGCUUUCCUGAGGCCCGGGGCGGCAGGGGCUGCCUCACCCCCCUCUCCUAUGUACCCCCAGCCACAGUACUCACCAGGCUACUCCCCUCCACCGUACACAAAUUACGCCUCCCCACUGAACACCCCCAAGUCGCCAACCCUGUGGUCCACCGAGUACCACCCUCAGGACGGAACCAGCCCCAGACGGCGGUCCCCCUACAGACCCGGGGGAAUGUCCCCCAACCUGGGCCCCAGACAGAGUCCUUCCUGACCAUUCCAUCUCUAGCUCUAUAACAAAUUCCAUCUGUAUGUUCUCAAACAAUUUGGUCACAUUGAUUGUAAACAGUCAAAUGAUCACAUGAAGGUCUAAAAGCAUUUAUCUACAGAAAAUUCAGUGUCCAAUAGAAAUGCAGAACACUUGAGAGAGAGAGAGAGAGAGAGAGCAAUUUAUAAGAAUAUACAUGUUAAUGCUUUUGUUGCAUAAUAUGUUGGAGGACAGCUGGUCUGAGAGAAUUUGAUUGAUGGAUAUGAUUGUUCUAUGGUGUUAUAUGUUGUGUGAAACUUUUGUCAACUUGUGUGUUUGCUCAAACAAUGUGAUUGUUUUGUGCAUCCUAGAUCUAUCUCUUGUACUGUAAAAGAGUGUGUAAUGGCAUCAACUACCUACCAGUUGUUUUGAGGAAUAUUUAUGUUGUAUAUAUUUUGACAGAAACUACUUCUUUGAUUUAAAUGUAGCAUUUUUCAUCCGAAAUUAUGAUAUUCCAGGUAAAAUUUUCCUCAGUGUAACUCAUAAAUUAUUACUUUUCUUAAAAAAAAUCAAAGUUGUAAUCAGUAUAUUUGUACAGCACAUUUACUCUGCAGGGCAAAAACAUGACAAAUGUUGAUAUUACAAAGCUCCUGCAGACUGAUAGUCAGCAAAUGUGUAUGUCUGAAAGUUGCUGCCAAACAUUUAACACGCCAAAUCACAAGCAUUGUACAACUGGCAUUAUUUUGGGGGAGGGGGGGGGGGGGGCACACAUAUCAUUAUUGACAUGCCUAGAAGAAUGACUGGAAUGCUUUCCGUGAGUUUUGUGUUUGUUUUGUAAAUAGUUCAAGCAAAAAUGUGUGUACUUGAUUUUCAUGUAGUAUGUUGUUGGAUGUUUGUUUUUUUUUCAAAUGUAAUUUUCUUCCUUUUUUAAAAUUUGAUUUACUGCAUUGAUCUCCAUAAUUAUGUUCAAUACAGUGUUAUCAUGGCAAGAUUUUGAUCAUUUGUAUUUAUGUACAAAAUUUUGCUUAAAUUGUGCUCUUCUGUUUCCAAAAAAUGAUCAAUUGUGUUUGUUAAAAAUAUUAUGAAAACAGUU